CGCGUCCUCCUCAGGCUGUCCGCGUGCGUGUGUUCCGCUGCGCUGAGCUCGAGCUGCACGUGUAGAUGAGCGGCGAGCGCGAGCGCCAGUGUGAUGUGCGCGCGUUUAUUCUCGUUUUACAAAAGCUGCUUUAGUGCUGUAGAGAUCGUUCAACAUCUGCCGCAUCGGGCCAGUCGAGCAUUUUACACUAAAUAUCCGAAUCUGUCAUCAGAUAUAUCAGAUCACCCGCGUGUGAUUGGCAGUAUGAAGUAUAUUCUGGUGACCGGCGGCGUGAUCUCAGGCAUUGGGAAAGGCAUCAUAGCCAGCAGCGUGGGAACCAUCCUCAAGUCCUGCGGCCUGCACGUCACAGCCAUCAAGAUCGACCCCUACAUCAACAUCGACGCAGGGACCUUCUCUCCAUAUGAGCACGGUGAGGUGUUUGUUCUGGAUGAUGGGGGAGAGGUGGAUUUGGAUCUGGGCAACUAUGAGCGUUUUCUGGACAUCAGGCUCACCAAAGACAACAACCUGACCACCGGGAAGAUCUACCAGUCUGUCAUCAACAAAGAGCGCAGGGGAGAUUACCUGGGCAAAACUGUACAGGUGGUGCCACACAUAACUGAUGCGAUUCAGGACUGGGUGAUGCGUCAAGCUAAAGUUCCCGUGGACGACGAUGGCGUUGAGCCCCAGGUCUGCGUCAUCGAGCUGGGCGGUACGGUCGGAGAUAUAGAGAGCAUGCCCUUCAUCGAAGCCUUCAGACAGUUCCAGUUUAAAGUGAAGAGAGAGAAUUUCUGCAAUAUUCACGUCAGUCUGGUACCACAGCCCAGCGCUACAGGAGAGCAGAAGACCAAACCCACGCAGAACAGUGUGAGGGAGCUCAGAGGACUGGGACUGUCACCUGACCUGAUUAUGUGUCGUUGCUCCACUCCGCUUGAUAACUCGGUGAAAGAGAAGAUAUCCAUGUUCUGUCAUGUGGAACCUGAACAGGUGAUCUGUGUACAUGAUGUGUCGUCCAUCUACAGAGUGCCGCUGCUCUUAGAAAAGCAGGGUGUUGUGGGAUACUUCUGUCGCAGGCUGAACCUGCCCAUUGAAACUAGACCCAGGAAAAUGCUGGCGAAGUGGAAAGAGAUGUCAGACAGGUCAGACAGGCUGUUGGAGCAGUGCUCCAUUGCUCUGGUGGGGAAAUACACCAAGUUUUCAGACUCGUAUGCCUCCGUGAUCAAAGCCCUGGAGCACUCCGCUCUCGCCAUCAGCCACAAACUAGAGGUUAAGUAUGUUGACUCUGCAGAUUUGGAGGCCAGUACACUACAGGAGGAGCCAGUGAGGUACCAUGAGGCCUGGCAGAAACUCUGCAGUGCCAAUGGUAUUUUAGUACCUGGAGGAUUUGGGGUACGAGGGACGGAGGGCAAGAUUCAAGCCAUCAGCUGGGCCAGGAAACAGAAGAAGCCCUUCCUGGGUGUGUGUUUGGGGAUGCAGCUCGCUGUGUGUGAAUUUGCUAGAAACGUGUUGGAUUGGAAAGAUGCUAACUCCACUGAAUUUGACCCAGAAACUAAUCAUCCUGUGGUGAUUGACAUGCCGGAGCACAAUCCCGGGCAGAUGGGAGGAACGAUGCGGCUGGGGAAACGGAGAACCAUUUUCAAAACCAAAAACAGCAUACUCCGGAAACUUUACGGAGAUGUAGAUUAUGUCGAGGAAAGACACCGGCAUCGCUUUGAGGUGAACCCAGAGCUGAAGCAGCAUUUUGAGAAGAAAGGCUUUCGUUUUGUGGGUCAGGACGUGGAGGGCGAGAGAAUGGAGGUCAUCGAGCUGGACGAUCACCCGUAUUUUGUUGGCGUCCAGUAUCACCCAGAAUUCACAUCCAGACCCAUAAAGCCAUCGCCGCCGUACUUUGGCCUGUUGUUAGCAGCAGCGGGGAGGCUUCCAGGUUACCUUCAGAAAGGCUGUCGGCUUUCACCACGAGAAACAUACAGUGACCGGAGCGACAGCAGUUCUCCAGACUUGGAGAUCACGGACUUGAAACUAUGCUCGCUUGCUCAGGAGUGAAUCAGCUAAUGGUAUAGUGCAGAAUAUGACGGUGUACAGGAUGAUUUACAGUAGAGCUGUAGUUUAUUUUAUUCUGCUUCUCUUUUCAGGGCCUGCUU